GCGUAGUACUGGUGGGGCCUCGUCCGAAGGAUCGCACUGCAGUCGUCUGUCGCGGCAACGACGCGCGCCCGCGACCACGUCGUUCCGCUCCCGCUCAAAGGAUCACCUUACGUAAUAACUAAUCGGAUCGAAACCGUUCAUCCGAUUAUCGAUUGUGAAAAGUGAACUUUCGACACUUGUGUACUAUUUUUUGUUUAUUAUUUUUUUUUUAUCGCGCCACAGUGAACUUGAAUUUAUUAUUGUGCGCUCUGUGUUAUGUUAUUGUUUUGUUUUCGCACGGACUCGUAAGAUUAUUUUGGGCGUAGCUGUACGCUCUACAAUAUUUUUGUUGAUGACUUUGUGAGUGAAUUUUGGAAACCAUAUCUCGAAACGAUUAUAUGUUGAUGUGAUAAUUGACUUGUACAGUGAUAUGUGGACAUCACUGAGACAAUAUCAUCUCAUGUGACAACUGAACGUUCAAUAACAGUUGUCAGGCACAACACAAUAAGAAACUAAACAAAGAAACGGCACGCGAACUGAAGAAAAAAAGAACAAUCGAAAGCUACUACUGGUAACGAGAAUAAAAUUGUAUGUAGGUUUUGAAAGCCUGGGUGUCAGGACAGUAGAUUUGAAAAAAAAUGUCGCGUUCGAAGUUUGAAAUCGGCGUGAGCGCGCGGCGAGGGUGACGGGUCAUUAUGCGCCGGGAGUGAGCGCGGCGCGGACGUCCGGAUGCACCCCACCGGCGCGGCCAGCCUGCCCGCCGCACCGGAAGCGGAGGUGCAAGCUAUGCACUCGAUGGACUGGCUCUUUAAGAAGGAAAGGAUAUAUCUCCUAGCGCAGUUCUGGCAACAGGUACGUUCGCAAAACGAAGAUGCUGUGUUUCUAUAAGCGAGCUACCCUGGCGGAGAAGGAGGUAACGACGCUGAAAGAACAGCUAGCUACCACCAGUCCGACGCCCCUCCAAGCGACAGUACCCUCAAAAACCAAUGGCUCUCACUUAGAACCCACGAGAGAUCAGGGAACAGAAACAAGAAUACCCGAUAGAUUUAGUCCAGACAUCAAACAAGAGAAAAGAACAUCGCCAGACAUUGAUGAGGAUAUAGAACAAAAAAUAGAAAUGGCUGCCACAGCAAGGAGUAAUAGCAAUUCCUCGAGAAGUAGUCCUGUAGUCAAUCAGAGCAGUACCUUGGAGAACGAGCUCGCUGCGAAAGAAAAAGAGAUUGCUCAACUAGUUGAAGACGUGCGACGACUCCAAGCGUCGCUUUCAGCGCUGCAAGAGGCACACGCACAACAACUGCAGCGGUUAGAAGAGAGGCUCGACGAGAAGAAACAGCACAUCGCAAGGCUAGAAGCGCGGUUAGAUACACAAAGGGACUAUGACGACAUAAAAAGAGAAAUCAGCAUGCUCCGAUUCUCGGAGCUGGGCCCCACUGAGAGGCCUCACUCACAUUCACAUUCACACCCCAAAGACAUAUUCGGAUCGCAAAAUCAUUUACUCCGGUCUAUGGACUUGGGUCCCAACGAGAGAGUAGAGCGCAAAGAAGCCCUUCGGUCCCCCGCCACCUCAGCACACCGUGACAGCUCCACGGAACGCGAGCGCAGCGCGGAGAGGCGAGAUAUCGGUGGCGAGGAGUGGCCGAGCACGCCACCUCCGCUCAACAACAACACGACGCACCACAACAACAACGGGCCCGUCCCGCUGCCGCUGCCCCCGCCGAGUCCUUUCCGCUUCGAGGAGCACCGACCGUACAGGUUCGCGGACGACAUGGGUCCGCUGCCGCCCGGCGCGCUGGUGGGCCGCCUGGGGGACUCGCUCAUCCCCAAGGGCGACCCGAUGGAGGCGCGGCUGCAAGAGAUGCUCCGCUACAACAUGGACAAAUACGCGAACUCCAACCUCGACACGCUGCACAUAAGCCGGCGAGUGCGGGAGCUGCUGUCGGUGCACAACAUCGGCCAGAGGCUGUUCGCGAAGUACGUGCUGGGGCUGUCCCAGGGGACGGUGUCGGAGCUGCUGUCCAAGCCCAAGCCCUGGGACAAGCUGACGGAGAAGGGCCGCGACUCGUACCGCAAGAUGCACGCGUGGGCAUGCGACGAGGCAGCGAUCAUGCUGCUGAAGUCACUGAUUCCUAAAAAAGUUGGGAUGAAGGAUGGUAGUGCGGGGACAGGCUUCGGAAGGUCUGAGGGUGAUGGUGACGAACGACUCGCGCAUAUGCUGGAGGCUUCCCACUUGAUGAAGACUCCCACUGGUCAGCCCAACAAUGACGACUCCAGGAGCAAUGAAGAUUCCAGCUCGCCGCGAACACAGUGCCCUUCGCCAUUUUCUAAUAAGGACUCGAGUCAGAAUAGAAGAUUGAAAAAAUAUGAGAACGACGACAUUCCUCAAGAAAAGGUGGUCCGCAUAUAUCAAGAAGAACUGGCCAAAAUUAUGACCAGGAGAGUAGACGAUAUGCGCCACAAUCGCGAAGGCUUCCCUGGCAUGUAUCCUCCUUUUUUCAGCAGCGGCAUGCCUCCGCACAUGGAGCGACCGCCCGAAGACAUCCGCAUGGCACUCGAAGCUUAUCACCGGGAACUUGCCAAAAUUCAACCUGGCGGCAACAUUCCAAACCUUCACAACUUGCCAGGAAUGCCACCUUUCCCAAAUCUUCUUGCGCUCCAGCAACAAGCGAUGCAGGCACAAAACCAACACAUGAAUGGGUCUGGAGCGGUCCAAGAUCUCUCCCUUCCCAAAGAAAAGAGUACCAAAAUUAAUGGAAUGACUGAUAGUGAUAAGGAUAGACCUAUGGACGCCGAGGAGGCUAUAAGGCACGCGGGAAGCGCCUUCUCCUUAGUUAGGCCAAAACUGGAACCCGGCCAGCAGUCGACCGGAUCUUCGGCGUCGAGUCCACUCGGCAACGCAAUUCUUCCUCCCGCGAUAACUCCAAACGAAGACUUCAGUAGUUCUGCUGCAGCCAGUCCCUUGCAACGAAUGGCUUCAAUAACGAAUAGUUUAAUUUCCCAACCACCGAACCCACCUCACCAUUCGACGCCGCAGAGAUCGAUGAAAGCGGUCCUCCCGCCUAUCACGCAGCAACAAUUCGAUCUCUUUAAUAAUUUAAAUACGGAAGACAUCGUUAAGAGGGUCAAGGAAGCUUUAAGCCAGUACUCGAUCAGCCAAAGAUUGUUCGGUGAAUCUGUUCUCGGACUGUCACAAGGUUCCGUGAGCGAUUUGCUCGCCCGACCGAAACCGUGGCACAUGCUCACGCAAAAAGGAAGAGAACCCUUCAUCAGAAUGAAAAUGUUCUUGGAGGACGACAACGCUGUUCACAAACUGGUAGCAUCGCAGUACAAAAUCGCCCCUGAAAAACUUAUGAGGACUGGAAACUACAGCGGAGUACCUCAAUGUCCGCCAAACAUGACCAAGCCCAUACCACCGACUCAAAAAAUGAUCUCAGAUGCGACAUCAUUGCUGAGCAAGAUGCAGCACGAACAACUCCUCGGGCCCGGCCACCUCGGCCACCUGGGGCCCCCCACGCCACUGCUGCUCACGCCGCCGGGCUUCCCCCCGCACCACGCCGUCACGCUGCCCCCGCAACUCCACGACAACAACAACAAAGAGCGGAAGCCGCCGCAGCACCCGUCCCAACCGCACCACCAACCGCACCACCAGCCCAUCGCGAUGAGAGGCCUGCACCAACACAUGUCUCCCAGCGUUUACGAAAUGGCUGCACUGACGCAGGACUUGGAUACGCAGACAAUUACGACAAAAAUAAAGGAGGCGUUACUGGCAAACAACAUCGGCCAGAAAAUAUUCGGCGAAGCCGUGCUCGGCUUGUCACAGGGGUCGGUGAGUGAACUCUUGUCGAAGCCUAAACCGUGGCACAUGCUCAGCAUUAAAGGUAGAGAACCGUUCAUUAGAAUGCAAUUGUGGCUGAGCGACACUCACAACAUCGACCGUCUACAAGCAUUAAAAAACGAGAGGCGAGAAGCCAACAAGAGAAGAAGAUCGAGCGGCCCCGGCCAGGACAACUCCUCGGAUACUUCGUCCAAUGACACGUCGGAGUUCUAUCACUCGAGCUCUCCAGGGCCUACGUCCGGAGUGCCUUCUGCCAAAAAACAACGCGUGUUAUUCUCUGAAGAACAAAAAGAAGCUCUGAGGCUGGCGUUCGCCCUCGAUCCUUACCCGAACAUGCCGACGAUAGAGUUUCUAGCGGCAGAGUUGGGUCUAUCCACGAGAACUAUAACGAAUUGGUUUCACAACCACAGAAUGCGGCUAAAACAGCAGGCGCCGCACGGUCUCCCGGCCGAACCUCCCGCGCGCGACCAAUCUACCGCUCCCUUCGAUCCCGUGCAGUUUAGACUCCUCUUGAACCAGAGGCUCCUCGAGCUGCAAAAGGAAAGAAUGGGACUAGCGGGUGUACCGCUACCUUACCCUCCCUACUUCGCGGCGAAUUCUAACUUCGCCGCCCUGAUAGGUCGGGGUCUGCUGCCUCCCGACGAGAGGGUGAAGAACCCGACCGGCGGGCUGGACCUGUCUAUGCCGCUGAAGCGGGAGCCCGACGGGGACGACUUCGAGGACGACGACGUCGAGAGCAACCUCGGCUCGGAGGACUCGCUCGACGACGAAUCCAAGACUGAGCCGAAGACGGCGUCGACACCCGCGGGCCGCUCGAGCCGGCGCAAGCCGGCGGCGCCGCAGUGGGUGAACCCCGACUGGCAGGACGAGAAGCCGCGCAACCCCGACGAGGUGAUCAUCAACGGCGUGUGCGUGAUGCGCAGCGACGACUUCCGGCGCGAGGCGGAGCAGACGGUGCGCGUGGAGCCCUCGCCCGCGCCGCGCGAGCCCUCUCCGCCCGCGUCCUCGCCCUCGCCCUCGCCCGCGCCGCUCGCGCCGCACUCGCCCGACGUGCUGCCCGAGGACAAGAUCAAGACUGAGGCGGACGACGACCGGUGGGAGUACUAGACUGGUGAAUGUGAACUGAACUCUGUGGAGUGUUAGCGGUCGAAACGGGUCCGAGUGUUAGUUAAUGUCGCGUUGGACGGUUAUUUAUUUUAGAUAGGAGCGAUCCAUGCAAUGGACCGCGCCCGCUGCGGCGGCUCGAGUGCAAAUAUGUCGCGUAGUUAGAUGUGUUCUGUUACGAUUCGAUUGUAAGGCCAAAGACUCUGUACAUAGCGGCUCGCGGCGCGCUCGGUCGCGUCCGCUGCCGAAAGAUAAAUUGUAAAACCUACGAUACAAAAGUUGCAUUUUGCUUUAAUUUUUAUACACGAGAGUACUUCGAACGGGUACGUAUAUCUGAGUAUUGUUAAGUUAUGGCUUACUUGCGUUUGAUUCGAUGGAUGUAAAUAAAUAUACCAAAUAUGUAUCGACGUAGCACAAGCCACCUGUACAUACGUAGGCUAGCGUACGUUGACUUGUAAGAUAAAGUUUAUCGUUGCCGAUAAGUAGGGGUAGAGAAGGUUCAUUUAAUUGUUAAAAAAAUUUAAAGUGCAAUCAAAUGUAAAUUUAAGCUAUGGUCUAUAGUCUAUACGAAACCCCAGUUGAAAAGUAUUAUUAUGUUUAUAUGAACCAGUGAGGUUUUAAAUAUUAUAGAUUGGUUUACUUGAGUUACAUUUAAAUUAUGAAUUUUUAUUUUUAAUAAUAUUUUAUUUUAUUAUCUCUAUAUGUAUACGGUACGCCACUCCUUUUGUAGAUUAUUGCCAGUAUGUUAUCAUUCGAUAGCUAUUCCUUUCUUGCCCAGUCCGUAGAGUAUCAGAGUUGGAAUGAUAUUUUUUUAUUAUUUUAGAGAACGUACAAAUCUAGACAGAAAUAAAGUACACUACAGUUAAGCAAAUGAUGUAUUGCUUUUGGUUAUAGUUUUAUUUUAUUUUAGCAAUAAAUUUGCUUUUAAUCGA